AAAAAAAGAAAAAACGUUUUCCGCCUUUGAUUUCCGCUCCUUGGCUUCGCUAGACCCGAGUAUGGCGCGACAACAUUAUUCCUUCCUGUGGGCCGAGUUUACCCAAGAUUCUACCGGCGACUAGGAUUGUCAACUCCAAAACACCGUCACGACACUAGCAGUAGAUCUUCUAUCCCCCAAAAAAAACUGGCAAUAGAUCUCUUUCUUAAUCCUUGGACUUCUGUACUCGGGGAGGAGCUGGACGUCGGCCCUGGACGCUUCCCUUUCUCUGCUGGCACUCGGGGGGCUCUCGUUCGUCUUCUGGGGCCCUAGCCUAGGCUUUUGCCGCAUAUCCGAGUGCUUUCUCAGAUCCCUAGGGAUCUGAUUGCAAAUUCUGGGAGAAACCUUGGGGAGAUCCGAGGAAGGGCAGGGACUGAGAGGACUUUGGAAAACUUUUCCCCGGUGUUCAUGAAAAAUUGUUCCUACUGCUGUUGCGCUUGAAAGGAUGGCGGAGAAUUCAGGGCAAUCGCGGUAUGUGAAAUUAACGAAGCAUCAAGAGGUGCCGGUAGAAGAGAUUCGCCCUGGAGAGCUGAAUCAGCCCAUUCGUGUUCCCCAGUUGGAGGUUCGCAGGUGUAGUGAGUGCGGGCAGCCCUUCCCAGAAAGCUAUGAGCCACCGGCAGAUGAACCCUGGACAACUGGAAUGUUUGGCUGUGCCGAGGAUCCUGAGAGCUGUUGGACUGGACUGUUCUGCCCCUGUGUACUGUUUGGGCGUAAUGUUGAGAGACUCAGAGAAGAUAUACCCUGGACAAGACCUUGCACUUGCCAUGCUAUCUUUGUCGAGGGUGGUCUUGCACUGGCAGUGGCUACAGCUGUGUUCCAUGGCAUUGACCCAAGAACAUCAUUUCUAAUUGGAGAAGGACUGUUGUUUACUUGGUGGAUGUGUGGUAUCUAUACUGGUAUUUUUCGGCAGUCACUGCAGAAGAAAUAUCAUCUCAAGAACUCACCUUGUGACCCCUGCAUGGUCCAUUGCUGCAUGCAUUGGUGUGCAAUCUGUCAAGAGCAUCGAGAAAUGAAAGGGCGCCUCUCUGAUAAUGUCAUUAUGCCGAUGACUGUUGUGAACCCACCUCCAGUGCAGGAAAUGAGCAUGAAUGAAAAUCAUGGUUCAUCAGCCUCUGAUGCAGGCGCCCAAAAGAACGAACAUGCCACUUUGGAGAUGGAAGCUUUAUAGAUGGUGUAUUUUACGAUGAUGAGGUUUGGGGAAAUUUUGGGGGAAGAAUGAUAACUCGAAAAUCGGCCGCUCCCUUCUUUCCACCCUUUUUCUUCUCUCUCGGGAAAGUACUUUGAUUAAGAGACUUUUCUGGAUGCCUGGGUAUAACUGGAGAGCUUUGCUUCCGUUGGUUUGAUACAGAACUGAUGCAACUCUAGAAACUACAAACUAUGGAUAUCUGUUUGUCAUUUAAAGGUUAAUAUCUUAUCCUAGUUUGCUC